AAGGGUAAAGUCAAGUCAAGCCCAAAGCCAAAAUGCACAUGCUUUACCUUACCUUCUUCCUUUUUCCAUCCCUCCCUUAGCUGUCUUCAUUUCAUACACCCUUUUGCCAACACUCUUUCCUUCCCUUUUUUCACAUCCCAACUGGCACACCAUCCCUAAACAUAUUCAUCUUCAUAUCAUAUCAUUUUUUAUCGUAACAAACCAUAACUACUCAUACUCACAAAAGCAACACACAAAAAAAAAGGUGUAUUUUUCACUUUCUUCCAACCAAAACACAACACAAAAACAUCAUAGUACAUUAUUACAUUAUACAUUCCGAUGGAACAAGAAGAAUCACCAAUGUCACCUUUCUGGCUCCCAAAACCCAACACCCACCGCCGUCUCCGCCGCACUUACUCCAUCUUCCUAACAUCAACAUCCUUCCUCGUACUCCUCUUCAUAACUGCCCUCGUUUUCGCACUCGUUUUCGUUCUCGUUGUGGUCCCCACUUUACGUUCUUUCACUUCCAUCCUCUUCAAACCCCAAUCGUUUAAACACUCUUGGGAUUAUUUAAACCUCAUACUCGUUCUCUUCGCUGUCGUUUGUGGCUUUCUUACUAAAAACGACACCAACGAAACGCAAACGAUGCAAACGCAUACUCCGCGUUUUGAUAGAAGCUUCUCGAAUCCUGAUACUCCGCCAUCGUGGUAUCAGAAUCCUAAUCGGUCGUUUAACCGGUUGAGAAGCGUUGGAUCUUAUCCCGAUCUUCGGCAACCGCCAUCGGAGUUGGUUACCGAUGAUGAACGGUAUCGGUUUUACGAUGAUACUUAUGUUCAUUUCCGUCAUCGGUUCUCGAGACUUGAAGAUGAAGAUGAAGUUCAAGUUCAUUCGGAAACCGUUACUUCCGGUGAAGUUUGUUUAUCUCCAAUGAGGAAACCGGAGAUGAAACCAGUGCAGGAUUGUGGAAUUGAAGAUGUUCGAGAGCGUGUAUAUGAGAUGGAAAUGAUUGAGAAACCGGAAAUCAACUAUUCCGUUACUGAGAAUUCACUACCGCUGCCUCCGCCGCCUCUGCCGCCGCUGCAACCGCUAUCGGUUCUGAGGAAAAAGAAAACUAGAAGUGCAUCUACAGAAAACGCAGCUACGGUCAGUUAUGAGGAAUUUUCCUCGCCGGUGCUGGAACAGAUUCCGGCGGUGAGGAAGAAGAAAACUAGAAGUGCAUCUACAGAAAACGCGGCAACGGUCAAUUAUGAAGAGUUUUCCUCGCCGGUGCCGGAACCGGAACUGAAUCUGCAUUCUACGCCGCCGGUGACGACGAGAACGAAAGCUGUUCGAAGAAAUGUCCAGCGAGCAUAUCAAUCGGAAAUGAUCGAUAAAUUUGACCGUACUGAUUUUGUGGCAGGGAGUUCUCAACCGCCUCCGGCAGUGGCUCCUCCGUUAACGGCGGAGAGGAAGGUUGGAAUUCCGGUUAAGAAGAAGAGAGGGAAUGCAACUAAGGAGUUUUUAACCUCAUUGAGAGGAAAGAAGAAGAAACAGAGACAAAAGAGUGUUGAAAAUUCUGAAACCUUUCAAAAUUCUUCUCAACCUUCUCUCUAUGUUUCACUACCACCGCCGCCACCGCCACCUCCUCCACCGUCGGUUUUUCAGAACAUGUUCUAUGCCAACAAGAGCAAACACAAGAAGCAUUACCAUGUUCCUGUGGCAACAUAUAAACCUCAGCUACCAAACAAGAGGGAACAUUCUAAUUAUAGAUUAGAGAAGAAUGUAGUGAUUACUGGUAAUGAGUCACCCUUGAUUCCUAUCCCUCCGCCGCCACCACCUCCACCAUUCAAGUUACCGGCGUGGAAGUUUAGAGUUCAGGGUGACUAUGUUAGGGUUGAUAGCAUUGGAAGUUCAAGGAGUGGUUCACCAGAUUCAGAUGAAAAUGUUGAGUCGCCAAUUAGUCGAGAUGAAUCAAGUAGUAAUAGUCCCUAUGCUGGAGAUGGUGAAGAGAGUGUCACUGAAAUUGGAAAUGCAAGUGAAGCUUCAAUGUUUUGUCCUAGCCCAGAUGUUGAUACCAAAGCACACAACUUUAUUCUGAAUUUCAGAGCUGGGUUGAGGAUGGCCAAGAUGAAUUCCUUGAGGGAGAAGCAGGGAAUUGGGAGGUCUAAUCUUGGUCCUAUACAAAAGUAGUACAAGUUGAAGUUACAGAAUUGAUAUUUGCUUUGUUGUAGUUUAUUUAUUUGAUUGAUUGUUUUUAAGAACAGGUUUGUUGAUACUUACUAUAUAUAGAUUUCAAGUUCAUGCAGAGGAAUUGGUUUUGUAAAAGAGAAUUCUAAGAUACAGUUCUUGUAUUAAUAUAGUGUUGUUUUUCUUUUCUA